AUGCUUUUCCAAUACCUUCUCGCUACCCUUCCCUUGGCCCUCGCUGGCCCGGUCAUUAAGCCUCGUGCUCCCGUCAUCACUCCUCGUGAGGGCCGUAUCAUUCCCGACAAGUACAUUGUCAAGUUCAAGAACGAUGCUCUCGGCGACGUUCUCAACAAGGCCAUCGAGUUCUUGAACAAGGAGCCCGAGCACAUCUACGGAUUUGCCGGCUACAAGGGAUUCGCUGCCGAGUUCAAGGAGGACAUCCUCGACCUCAUCACCGCUCUUCCCGGCGUCGACUAUGUCGAGAAGGACGCCAUCAUGACCGCCAACCUUGGCCUCCAGAGCCGCGCUGAAGAGACUCAGUCCGAUGCGCCUUGGGGUCUUGCCCGCCUUUCCAGCGCCGAGCCUGGCACCACUACCUACAACUAUGAUAGCAGUGCCGGAGAGGGUUCCUGCGCCUACAUCAUCGACACUGGUAUCUUUGUCGACCACCCCGAGUUCGAAGGCCGUGCCGAGUGGUUGCAGAACUUUGCCGGCGACGGCGACGACACUGAUGGCAAUGGCCACGGUACUCACUGCGCUGGAACCAUUGGCUCCAAGACCUACGGUGUAGCCAAGAAGACUAAGCUCUUCGCCGUCAAGGUCCUCGAUGCUGAGGGCUCUGGAUCCAACUCUGGUGUCAUUGCUGGUAUUCAGUUUGCCGCCAAGGACCAGAAGAACCGCACCGAGUGCAGCAAGGGAUCCGUCGCCAACCUUUCUCUCGGAGGACCCCAGUCCCAGAUGGUCAACGACGCUGCUGCCAACGCCGUCAAGGAUGGUCUCUUCAUGGCUGUCGCCGCCGGUAACGAGGGCGAGGACGCAUCCAACUCUUCCCCCGCUUCCGAGAAGACUGUCUACACCGUUGGCGCCACCGACAUCAACGACCAGAUCGCCGACUUCAGCAACUUCGGCAAGUUCGUCGACAUCCUCGCCCCUGGUGUCGACAUCCUCUCCACCUGGAACGACGGCAAGACUAACACCAUCUCCGGUACUUCCAUGGCCACUCCCCACGUCGCCGGUCUCGCCGCCUACAUCCUCGCCCUCGAGGGCAAGAAGAGCGUCGCCGACCUCAGCUCCCGCCUCUCUGAGCUCGCCACCAAGGACGUCCUCAAGGGUCUCCCCAACGGCACCGUCAACGCCCUCGCUUUCAACGGCAUCACUGCUUCCUCUUCUUAG